AGCCAUAGACCUAAGAGUGGAGGUCUUCACCCCUCCCAACUUCGGGGGCAGCCCCCGGGACCGAGACCCGCAGGUGCAGAGACUCGCGUCCAGAUGCCCUGUCCUGCCUGGGUCCUUGGGCAUCGGUGUGUCCACUGUGUCCAUUCGUCCCCUGGGCCCAGUCACGCGUACUUCAGCUUCCUCAGCAGACAAUAGACUGCUGGGGUGGGAGGCUGAGGAGGAGCUGGAGCCUCCCUGUGGGCCUGAGGUCUCUCUGGCCACAAUGGGGGGAGGGACCUCUAAGGGGGGGACAGGACGCACAGCCCAGAUAAGACUUCUGGGGAACAAUAGGAGGAAUUGAAGAGGGGAGACCCACCCUCACUGCACCCCACACCCAGGGCUUUGGGGUCAGGGACUAGGGACCAGAGGGUGAUGGGGAGGGGUGCUAAGAAUUCUUGUGCAUGGAGGAGGGGAUGGGGCAACUGGCAGGAUUCUGGUGCUCAAAAGCUUUGUACCUCUUCAGGGACCUCAGGGGUACAUGACGUGGGUGGGCGACCCUUUCGUACUUAAUUUAACCACAUACGUAUUGUUGACUGCCUACUUUGUGAAUAGCACUGGAAUGCAAUAAAUAGUGCUUCAGUGUUUUUGCCUUUCUGAGCCAUAAAAUCAAAACUUGCUAUCUGUUCAGUAUUCCCCCCUGAGGCCCUGAAUUGGGAAUUCGGGCCCAGCCACUCCCAGCAGAGGUGUGGGGUGGGAGGUCCCUCAAGGGAGGGAUUGGAUAGGGAGGUCCCUAUCCAAUGCAUGUAGCUGCUUCCCAUCUAGGUGGUCUGUGAGACAGCUGAGGCCAAUGGAGCCCCUUACACUUUCUGGUGAGAAGCUCUGCCCGUGAGAAUUAGGGUCUGGGGGGAGAAAGGGAGGUUGGAACACCGCUGAACUUUCUUGUGGGCCAUUUUGCAGCCCUGAGGAUGACCAGCAACCCCAGAGGAGUCAGCAUCUGUCUGUGCCCCAGGUGCUAAUGUGGAAAGAAACCACCGGAGUGAGAGGCGGGAGUCCAAAGACCUAGGAGCGGCAGUGGGUGUUGGGUGCGUUUCUUUUCUGGCCUAUCUCUCUGGUUCCUCCACUGCAGGCUCCAGAGCCAGCGAUCGGGCCAAGGAUGUCUGAGGGAAACGCCUAACAGAGAGACGCCCCCUCCCCAAGGCGCAGCUGUCUCCUGACUGUAGAAGGUCCCCAAGAGAGGGCUCCCUCCGGGACGGGAUUGGACUCUGCUCCAAGGAGGCGGGCCACGGGCCGGCGGGCCGAGGGGUAUUUAAGGCUGGGCGGAGUUGGAGGUGGCCAAGGGCGAAAUGAGUGGGCUACGGGGCGCCAGGACCUGCCCAGGUCCGGGAGAAGCCUCCGACCUUAAGUCCCCCCUGGGCGCCAAGUUCAGGGAACCUCUCACCGAGACCCGGUUCCAGCAGCUCUUCGGAGACGCAGAGCAGGAGCCCGAGCUGCUCGCGGAGCCGCGCUGGUCCAGGCUGUGGCGGCGGCGGGCCCGCGCCUGCUCCGGACCGGGGGCGUGGCGCCUGCUGCUGGCGCGGCUGCCCCCGCUGCGCUGGCUGCCCCACUACCGCUGGCGGGCCUGGCUGCUCGGGGACGCGGUGGCCGGACUGACCGUGGGCAUCGUGCACGUGCCCCAGGGCAUGGCUUUCGCCCUCCUGACCUCUGUGCCCCCAGUGUUCGGACUCUACACUUCUUUCUUUCCCGUCCUCAUCUACACCUUGCUGGGUACUGGGAGACACCUGUCCACUGGAACUUUCGCUGUCCUCAGCCUCAUGACGGGCUCGGCCGUGGAGCGGCUGGUGCCCGAACCCCUCUCGGGGAACCUGAGCGCAGUUGAGAGGGAACAGUUGGAUGCUCAGCGGGUUGGUGCGGCUGCGGCAGUGGCCUUCGGGAGCGGGGCCCUGAUGCUGGGGAUGUUCGCGCUGCAGCUGGGCGUCCUGGCCACCUUCCUGUCGGAGCCUGUCGUCAAAGCGCUGACCAGCGGGGCCGCCCUGCACGUGCUGGUGUCGCAGCUGCCUAGCCUUUUGGGGGUGCCCCUCCCACGGCAGAUCGGCUGCUUCGCUCUUUUCAAGACGCUGGCCGCCGUGCUGACAGCGCUGCCCCGGAGCAGUCCCGCCGAACUGACCAUCUCGGCGCUCAGCCUGGCGCUGCUCGUGCCGGUCAAGGAGCUGAACGCGAGGUUCAGAGACAGGCUCCCCACCCCCAUCCCGGGGGAAGUCGCCAUGGUGCUUCUGGCCUCUGUGCUGUGCUACGCCUCUUCCCUGGACACAAGAUACAAUGUCCAGAUAGUUGGGUUGCUGCCCAGAGGAUUUCCCCAACCUCUCCUCCCCAGCCUGGCGGAGCUGCCCAGGAUUCUGGCCGACUCGCUGCCCAUGGCGCUGGUUACCUUUGCGGUGUCUGCCUCCCUGGCCUCCAUCUAUGCCGACAAGUACAGCUACACUAUUGACUCCAACCAGGAGCUCCUGGCUCACGGCGUCUCCAACCUCGUCUCCUCCCUCUUCUCUUGCUUUCCCAACUCUGCCACGUUGGCUACGACCAGCCUCCUAGUGGAUGCUGGUGGGAACACACAGCUGGCGGGCCUCUUCUCCUGCGUGGUCGUGCUGUCUGUGUUGCUGUGGCUGGGGCCGCUCUUCCACUAUCUGCCCAAGGCUGUCUUGGCCUGCAUCAACAUCUCCAGCAUGCGCCAGAUGUUCUUCCAGAUGCGAGAACUCCCUCAGCUGUGGCGCAUCAGCCGCGUGGACUUUGCUGUGUGGACGGUCACAUGGGUGGCCGUCGUUGCCCUGAGAGUGGACCUGGGCCUGGCUGUAGGCGUGCUCUUCUCCCUGAUGACUGUGAUCUGCCGCACCCAGAGGGUACAGUGCCUGGCACUUGGACUGGCUGAGGGGACAGAGCUCUACAGGCCACUCAGAGAGAGCCGCAAGCUCCUCCAGGUUCCGGGGCUCUGCAUCCUGAGCUAUCCAGCACCGCUUUACUUUGGGACCCGGGGGCAGUUUCGCCGCAUCCUGGAGUGGCAUCUGGGGCUUGGAGAAGGAGGCAAGGAGGCUCCAAAGACAGAUGGCCCACCUGGUGCAGUUGCCGAGCCUGUCAGGGUGGCGGUCCUAGACUGCAGUGGUGUCACCUUUGCAGACGCUGCAGGGGCCAGAGAGGUGGUUCAGCUGGCCAGUCGAUGCCGGGAUGCUGGGAUCCACCUCCUCCUGGCUCAGUGUAACGCCUCAGUGCGGGGGACGCUGACCCAGGCAGGACUCCUGGACAGAGUGACCCCAGAACAGCUGUUUGUGAGUGUCCAGGAUGCGGCUGCACACGCCCUGGAGAGGCUGGAGCUCAGUGGUCCGAAGACUUGCACAGUGUGGGUCUGACCCGGUCAUCUGGUGCGUGGCGGGCCGCGGCCCCUGAGCCCCCUGACGUCAUGUAACUAAUAAAAUGAAGCUGAGAGCCUCUGGGGUUCAUGAAA